GUCCAGGGUGUUCAUCAGUGGCAUAUGGAGCAUCUGAAGAGAUUGGGCCAUUUCGAAUAAACAAAACAGCUUCUGGGCUAUACCUUAACAAGUUUUCAUGGAACACAGUGGUCAACCUCUUGUUCUUGGAAGCUCCGGCCGGCGUAGGCUUCUCCUACACCAACCGCUCCUCCGACCUCCUCGACACCGGCGAUCGCCGCACCGCCCAAGACUCUCUGGAAUUUGUUCUCCAAUGGCUAAAACGGUUCCCCCGUUACAGAAAAAGGGAACUUUAUAUCACUGGAGAGAGCUACGCAGGCCAUUAUGUUCCUCAAUUAGCUAAGGAAAUCAUGAACUAUAAUGCCAAAAGCAAGCAUCCCAUCAAUCUGAAAGGAAUAAUGGUAGGAAAUGCAGUGACAGACAACUACUAUGAUAACUUGGGGACAGUGACGUAUUGGUGGAGCCAUGCUAUGAUCUCGGAUCAGACUUACCGGCAACUGAUGAGUACAUGUGACUUUCACCGGCAGAAGGAAUCUGAUGAGUGUGAGUCAGUGUAUAGCUAUGCCAUGGAUCAAGAAUUCGGUAACAUUGAUCAGUACAACAUCUAUGCUCCUCCAUGCAACAACUCUGAUGGUAGUACCUCUCCCACCCGCCACACCAUGCGCUUACCUCACCGACCCCAUAAGGCUUUUCGGCAUUGGUCUGGUUAUGAUCCAUGUACAGAAAAGUAUGCAGAGAUUUACUACAACAGGCCUGAUGUUCAGAAAGCACUCCACGCUAACACAACUGGGAUUCCCUAUAGGUGGACUGCUUGCAGUGAGGUUUUGAAUCGGAACUGGAAUGAUACAGAUGUAUCUGUUCUUCCCAUUUAUAGAGAGUUGAUAGCUCACGGAACAAGAGUUUGGGUGUUCAGUGGAGACGUGGACUCAGUGGUGCCCGUCACAGCAACAAGAUAUGCUCUUGCACAGCUUAAGUUGUCAACUAAAAUACCAUGGUAUCCUUGGUAUGUCAAAAACCAGGUUGGAGGGUGGACAGAGGUGUACGAAGGGGUAACAUUUGCAACAGUGAGAGGAGCAGGGCAUGAAGUGCCUUUGUUCAAGCCAAGAGCAGCCCUUCAGUUAUUCACAUCAUUCAUUGCAGGAAAGCCUCUUCCAAAGUCCUAA